AUGGCUUCAAACACGCACGUAUUGGGCGUGAUCGGCGGCUCGAGUCUCUUCCAUGCUAAGAGCUUCUCGUCCGGUCGAGUCGAGCAGGUCGUAGACACGACCUUUGGCGGCGUAGUGUGCCACGUCGGAACUUGGUCAGCACCAAACAGCGACGUCAAGUUGCAGCUCGUCUUCGUGCAGCGCCAUCACGCGGACCCUGAUGGCAAGUACCGCCAGCCUCGGCUGAUCAACUUCCGUGCCAUUGCAUUGGCGCUGAAGGAGCUGCACUGUGAGGCCGUGGUUGGUAUCUACUCGGUCGGGUCCAUGACCACGACGAUCGACGUGGGACGAUUCGUCGUGCCCGAUGAUUACUUCAGUCCUUUCGACAUCUUGCACCUGUCCGAUGACUACGACGCCCACCUCGUGCCUAGCCUCGACGCCAAGCUCCAGGCUGCUCUUAUCCAAUCUUUGAACGGUGGAGGGUUCAACCCCCACAAAGGCGGCGUCUACGUGCAAACCGCUGGUCCUCGCUUCGAGACCAAGUCGGAAGUGCGUUUCUUCGCCCAUUUCGGCCAACUCGUUGGCAUGACCGGGGCCAACGAGGCCGAGCUCAUCAAUGAGCUGCGUGUGCCAUUUGCCAUGUUUUCCAUUGUGGACAACAUGGCCAAUGGCCUAGGCAAACCGCUCACGCUUGAAGCGUUCAAGGCCACGCAGGAGGCAAAUGCUGGCCUCAUGGAACGCGCUGUCGUCCACGUGCUGAAUGAGUUGACGAGCCAAAAGACCCUCGCGUCGCUUGCCACUUUGUCAUAA